UCACGUUGACGCAAGGUGCCGCGCCGGCGCUUUCCAGAAUGGGCCAGAGGAACCGGCACCCCUUUUUCUCCGAGCUUCCUGGUCAUGUGCUGCCAUUGCCACGAAGAGGAGGCCUUCCUCGUGAUCUUCAGGCGGAUGCGGAGAAUCGGAAUCCUUGCCCGGGGACGAGUAGCGGAGGUCGAAUGUGACACCGUUGGCGACCUCCUUGGAGAUGCAUGAGCCGUAUUUGGCCAUGAAGGACCGACGGCAGUCCUCCUCCACACUGUUGGGCUGCCCAUCCCCAUCCGUGGCCGACUCGUCAGGACCGCCAGCAGCGGCGGCAGCGGCAGCGGCAGCGGCAGCGGCAGCGGCAGCGGCAGCGGCAGCAGGAGGUGGUGCGUCCAUAGCCACAUCUGACGUACACACAGACACAGCAACGUGCAUGCGGCACGGGCGGCUCUUUCCAUUGGGUCCCUGCCCACCCUCUUGCUCCAUAUCGCCAUCCGCCAUUCUGCGGUACUCAUCAUCGUUCUUGUCAGAGUGCACUGACGCAACCAGACACAUACACAGAAGGAAAUGACACUCGUGACACGCGGUGCCCGUCUAUGUGUCUGACUCGUCAGGUCUGAUGACGACGGUGCCCCUGCCGCCGCAGCGUCCCUCGCCGAUGCCAGCCGGCCCAU